AUGGCGGAUUUCGAGAGCGCUUUAGCCGAGGUGAAAGGAAUCUUGUCGGAGAUCAACAGCAGCUACAACAGCAGCUGGGAUCGUUUGACGAAGGCGAUUGCGGAGAUCACUGGUCGCUUGGAUACGAUGGAUCGGCGAUUUGAAUCGAUGGAAAGCAAUAUGAAUCGGAUGACAGAGAUUCUAGCUCGCAUCGAAGCUAAUCAGUUAUCCGGGAAAGCAAGUGAGAGACGAGUGACGAUGGAGUUAUUCAGAGAUCUUCCAAAGGAAUUGGUAGAGGAGGAGAUACUGACUCGUGUCCCGGCUAAGUAUCUGAAAGGAUUGGGAACUACUUGUAAACGAUGGAACCGUUUGUUUACCGGUGACCGGAGAUUCGCGAGGAACCACAGUGACAAAGCCGCGAAGCAGUUUCUGGGUCUCAUGUCGACGAGGGCCUUCAGGAUUUGUCCGAUAAUCGUCGAUCGCGACGGAAAGGUUCCAACUUUCGAGGUAAAUACUGAGCUUAGCCUAGUCGAUCCGCAUUCUAAGUAUCCCGGAGCUCAAUUCAAUGUAGGCGCGAUUUUUCACUGUGACGGCCUCUUGUUGUGCACCUCCGUGGACGAGUCUAGAUUCGUGGUUUGGAACCCUUUUACUGGUGAGACCAGGUGGUUCCAACCCAGCUAUCGUCGCCCGAGCGGCCGCCGCUUUGCCCUCGGAUACGGCCAAAAUCAGAGCUACAAAAUCUUGAGCUAUUAUGAUGAGAAAGAUAUUGAAAUCUACGAGUUUAGCUCUGAUUCGUGGAGGGUUGUUGAUGAUGUCAUGCCUCGAGGCUGUAGGCUUAAUUACUCCGAUCCAAGCGUGUCGUUGAAGGGAAGUACUUACUUGUUCGGUUACGAUAGGGAUGAAACAAGAACGCAAUCCAGUGUGUCCUUGGUCAAAUUUGAUUUCUCAACAGAGAAAUGUGUGCUUGUGCCUCUUCCCUAUCAGUGUAAUCGUUUUGAAGCUGCGUGUGUUUCCGUUGUUAAAGAAGAGAGACUUUCGGUCUUGUUACAGCUCGAAGAUACAUCCAAGACUGAGAUAUGGGUGUCAAAUAAGAUUGAUGAGACCACCACCCAAGUGGUGUCGUGGAGCAAGGUCUUAUCGUUGGACCUGAGCCCUGAUCUUCAACUUUCGGAGCAGGGAACGUUCUUGCUCGACGAGGAGAAGAAGGCCGUUGUGAUUUCCAUCAACUGGAUAGACUUUGGAGACGAGGUAGCGGCAGGGACCAGGAGCAAAGAGAUGAUAUACAUUGUUGGGGAGGACAGUGAAGUCACACAAGUGGAUUUUGGAAUGGAGAGAACGCCUCCAUGUCAUACGCAUACGUUGCCAUUGGGAAGAUUGAUUGCCUCUGGAAUCGUUAGCUAUGAUGGAGAUAAAGGGGUGAAACACCGAAGAAUCAUCAAUCCUGCUUUCCAUCUUGACAAGAUCAAGAUUAUGGGACCAGCUUUCAACCAAAGCUGCAGCGAGGUUGUUGGCGAAUGGGACAAGUUAGUGUCUGGUCAUAAAGGGUCGUCGUCGUCGUCAUGUGAGGUUGACGUUUGGCCUUGGCUUGUGAGUAUGACUGGAGAUGUGAUCUCUCCUACUGCUUUUGGCAGCAGCUACAAAGAAGGACAGAGGAUAUUCGAGCUCCAAGCAGAGCUAGCAAAGCUCAUCAUUCAAGCUUUUCGUAAAGCUUUCAUCCCUGGAUACAAGACGUUUAGAGAUUGA